GUCAUUGUUGCCGUCUCUAUCCCCCUGGCGCCGAUGUUUCUCGAAUUCCUUCACCACCUUGAUGGUUCUCCAAAUCUACUUUUACUACAAAGAGAAAUCAGAUCAAGGGUUAUUCUCCUACUCCAUCAUCCCCCAGCCUCUGUUCUCCUCCACCUCUCUGAAAUUGGGUAAAGAAAUUAAAAUGGAAAGGGUGUGAAGGAAGUUGAAUCAAGUACAGAAUUAACGAGCAAAGAAUCAGGACCUCAGCCAACAAAGGAAACAACUAGUAAAAGGAAAAGGGAAAGUAUCUCAGGCAAUUGAAAACCAAAGCACAGUACAAACAAAGGAAACAACUAGUAAAAGGAAAAGGGAAAGUAUCUCAGGCAAUUGAAAACCAAAGCACAGCAGCAAGCACAUUGAUUUUAUGCCCAACGGUCCUUGAAAUAUAAGCAAAACCAAAUAAUGUGUAUGUUUAGCUCAGAUUCAGCUUUCCAACUCUGCAAAACAUGCUUUGCAUUUUAACUUUAAGAAGCCUGUUGACAGAUAUCCUAGACUUCUACCAUGUGUAUUGUGCAUUAUCGUGAUUAAUGAACUCUUGGAAAUGUAGGAGAUUGGCUGGAAAAUUGCUCGGGCUUUUGGGCACCCUCGUCUCGAUAUUGGUCACCCUCUUACAACUAAGAUUCCACUCAGCGAACCAACCCCCUUUCGCGACGCACAGGCUCCACUUCAUAGCAUUUUUCACUGUCAUCCUCAUCUUUACCGUAUUACUGGGAAUCGGAAUCAAGCUCGAAGCUGCCGGUUCAGGCUGCCCGGCGAUUUUGAGCACGGUCUGCCUCUUCAUCGGAUAUCUAAGUCUAAUCCCGCUGCUUUUGAUCAUCGAGCCUUACAUUGGAUGGGCGGUGUUUAUCGUAUGGUUCUUCUUCUUCGUAAAGUGGGCUUGGGAAUCCUACGAAGAGAUGCGGGAUUCAAUUGUGUCUGCAAUUGAGCCUGUAACUGGCUUUCUGAAAACCCAAUUCAAUCGCAAUUGCAAUCAGAACGGAGAAGCAAGCAUAGCCGAUAAUGUUUAAGCCAGGGGAGUGUUCAAAAAGCUGCAGAUUGACAGAAUUAAGAGGUGUUUCUUAGUUCAAUUUGGAUUUCACCAUUCUCUUGCUCGUCGCUAUCUGGGUUAAUUUGGAGUUUGGAUGCUGAUCGAAUCUCGAGAUGCCUUCAAUUCCACUUGCGAAAGGGGUUAUGUUGUACUACCAUUUUUAAUUUGGAUUGGUUUUCCUUUUUGUACAGUCAAGUCAAUGACUGACGUGGGCUUUGAAGUUGAUUUGUUGCUGGUAAUGGUAAUAGUAAUGGUUUUGGUUUUCAUUUUUGUAUAUUCAAGUCUCUUCUAGGGCUCAAGCAGCCAGUCAGUUUUGUACUCACUACAAAUUACAACUUAAAAAGUCAUAAUUUAAGCUAUUGCCUCCUUUGAGUGCCUGUUUAUGUUUGGAUGUGUGGGUGCUGAGAGAGAAGGGUUCCGAUAGCUACCUGGAAACUUUCGAAUCUUUCAUGCCAGCUAAAUGUUGGAUGGCUCCUGAAACACCAAAUGUCAUGUAUCACUCUAGGGCUACGUUUUUUCCAGUUUGACCAACCUGAGAACAAAAGCAAUCAUGAACU